AUGAAAAAUGGCUUGGGCUCUUCCUGGACGCUCCUCUCCAACUAUCUCUCUCUGGCCGCUGCAGUGACAUGUUAUACACCGGAUGGGACUCUUGUCGUCAACUCUUUAUAUCAGCUGUGUAUUCCCAUUUCGGACAUCCAUUCAAUGUGCUGUAGGCUGAACGGCACGAUCCGGAUACAGGAACUCUGGUGCCGUGGUAGCUCCACCUUCUGCUGCAAUACGCACGAAAUAUCUAGCUUAGGUCCGACACCGGUCGGUACUGAUCCAAAUUCCAGUGUAACCGCUACCGCUGCUCCUACGACAACAGUAACUGCCAUCCCGACAGAAGAUAGCAGCAAGAAUAAGGACGAGUCCGAGAGACUGACGAAGGUUGCGAUUGGAGUCGCGGUGGGUGUCCCGUUGGCAUGCAUAGCUGUGGGUAUGUAUGGUGCUGGAUAUCUCUUGGGCAGAAGAAGUACGCAGAAGAUCCUGUCGCCAGCGAAGUUUGAACCCCGUGCUAUGAGUAUUCCGCUGAAGAAACCGAAAGGGGAGAUAGGGCGUCCGCGUCGGUCUGACGACGCUGCCAGUAUGUAA